AUGCAGUUCAAAUUCGCCUUUGUCUCCGCUGUUCUCGCUACCCUUGCGGUCGCCACACCUGCUCCUCGUGGUGAGCCGGCCAGCAGUUGCAGUACCGGUCCUGUCCAGUGCUGCGAUAGCACCCAGACUGCCAACAGCGCUAGCGCGACCGCUCUACUUGGCCUCCUCGGCAUUGUUCUCCAAGAUUUGAACGUGCUGGUCGGUCUCACCUGUUCCCCCAUUACUGUCAUCGGUGCUUCUGGUAGCAGCUGCUCUGCGCAGGCUGUCUGCUGUGAAGAUAACAGCCACGGUGGACUCAUUUCCAUCGGCUGUGUUCCCGUCACUCUUUGA